AUGACGAAUCACCCUAUUUAUUUCUAUGAUCUUGAUGCACCAUAUGGUGAAUUUGGUAAUUUUUAUCCGGCUCCAUUUCAAUUAGAUGGACUCAUCUGGCCAACAACUGAACAAUAUUUUCAAGCACAAAAAUUUGUUUCACAUAAAAAGCAAUAUAGACAUAUUUUAGAAUUAGCUGCUCCUCGAGAAGCAUUUGAUUAUGCUCGAACUCAUGAUUCAUUAAAACGUUCCGAUUGGAAUGAUGUAAAAGAUGAUAUUAUGUUUAAAGCAUGUUUAGCAAAAUUUCAACAACAUCCAAAACUGAAAGAAAUAUUAUUAUCAACUGGUCAUCGUACUUUAGUUGAACAUACAGAAAAUGAUUCUUAUUGGGCUGAUGGAGGAGAUGGAACAGGAAAAAAUAAAUUAGGAAUUACUCUGAUGAAAGUUAGACACCAUCUUAGCCAUCAUCAUAACGAUCAUCAUAACCAUCAUCAUUAA